AUGGCCUCCCCAAACCCUCUCAAAGUUCUCUAUGCAAUCCAUCCCAACAUGGAUACGCUCGAUUUCGUUGGGCCACUCGAAGUUCUGUCCUGGGCAUCUCACGCUCCAAUCGAUCCCGCGAACCCCAAGCGCACUCCUGUCUUCACACACACCGUAACGUCUCUCGAGCCCACCACACCUACCAAUCAAAAUAUCUCCAUCUCGUGCCAUAUUCCCAUCUCUGAAGCCUACGCUCAACUCUCUACCUUCGACAUUCUGAUCAUCCCAGGCGGCGGCUCUGAGAGUGUGCUGCCAGGUAACACGGAGCCCAUCCACUUGAUCAAGGCGUUCGCUGCGUUGCCGAAGAAGAGUGGUGGAGGGAUUAGAACGAUUCUGAGUGUUUGUACAGGAUCUCUGUUCUUGGGCGAGGCUGGUAUCUUAGGUGGGUUGAAGGCGACGACUCAUCCUCUGUACUAUGGGAAGUUGGAGGAGGUGUGUAAAGGUGAAGGGAAAGGAGUGACGGAGGUUGUCAAGGAGAGGUUUGUUGUCAAUAAAGUGGAUGAGGAAAAGGGCUUGAGGGUAAUUACUAGUGGUGGUGUUAGUUGUGGGAUGGAUUCUUGUAUGUGGUUGAUUGAGAAUAUAGCGGGGAAGGAAAGUCGGGAGUAUGAUGCAGAACUCAUUCAGUAUGCUCCUCGGGAAGGGAUUGUUCUUUGA